AUGAACCUUUGUCAAGCAGUAAACAGCGCGCUACACAUAGCAAUGGCAAAAGAUGACACAGCUUUGUUGUUCGGAGAAGAUGUCGCAUUUGGAGGCGUGUUUAGAUGCACAGUGGGAUUGAAAGACAAAUUUGGAGAGGAACGCGUGUUUAACACACCUCUUUGUGAGCAGGGGAUCGUUGGAUUUGCUAUAGGAGCCACUGUGGGUGGCAGUACUGCAAUUGCCGAAGUUCAAUUUGGUGAUUACAUCUUCCCAGCUUAUGACCAACUGGUCAAUGAAGCUGCGAAGUACCGUUAUCGUAGUGGAAAUAUGUUUAAUUGUGGCGGACUCACCGUGCGUGCCACAUACGGUGCAGUGGGACACGGCGGAUUGUAUCAUUCGCAAAGUCCGGAAGGAAAUUUCACUCAUACACCUGGUUUAAAGAUAAUUGUUCCACGUGGACCAGUACAAGCCAAAGGACUUCUAUUGUCAUGCAUCCGUGAUCCGAACCCAUGCAUCUUCUUUGAGCCUAAGAUUCUUUAUCGACUGGCAGCUGAAGAGGUACCCACUGGAGAUUAUACAAUUCCAUUAAGCCAAGCAGAAGUUGUUAAAGAAGGAACCGAUGUGACAAUAGUUACUUGGGGUACCCAGGUGCAUGUUGCUCUUGAAGCAGCGCAGUUAGCUAAGGAGAAGCUCAAUAAGAGCGUGGAAGUCAUUGAUUUGCAGACGAUCAUGCCUUGGGAUGAAGAAACUGUUGUAAAAGUGAGCCUUAAGCACUAUAUGCACUUGUAUCAUCUUCAUUAUCAUUCGUUAAAAAUGAUGUGGUUUGGCUCAGAGUGUUGAGA